UAGCGCGACCAGCACGGCGAUAGAUGUCUCGAAAGUAUUGAAUCGCGCUUGUAUGCGCACUACAUACUACACAUACCUCGAAAAAGUUGACACAUAGCACGUAGCACGGGCGCUCUGACUGAUGGUGGUUCAAAAAUUCGUCGUACCGUCGGUUUAGUUGUCGCGAAGUCGCAAAAUGCUGGCAUACUGUGAUAUUUUUGACUUCAAGGUACUUAUGCUCGCGUGUCUAAUGAUACAUCUGCCAAAUUGUAUAGGAGAAGAAGAAGUAGACGGUGCAGUUUCACUCACUCAUAAGAAUAUUGAUGUAACAUUAGCAAAGAAUGAACUGGUAUUUAUCAACUUUUACGCACAAUGGUGUCGCUUCAGUAACUUAUUAGCCCCAUUAUUCGAUAAAGCUGCAAAUAAAAUUAGAGAAGAAUUUCCACAGCCAGGCAAAGUAGUAAUGGCCAAAGUUGACUGUGACCAAGAAUCGGCUGUGGCUGCUAGGUUUCACAUAAGCAAAUAUCCAACGUUAAAAGUAAUAAGGAAUGGUCAACCGACUAAGAGAGAAUACAGAGGGCAACGAUCGGUGGAAGCAUUCCAAGAAUUUAUCAGAAAGCAAUUGGAGGAUCCCAUCAGGGAGUUCUUUGAUUUGAGAGAGCUCAAUGAACUGGACGAUAAGAAACGUAUGAUCAUAGGAUACUUUGACAGAAAAGAUAUACCGGAGUACGAAUUGUUCCGGAAAGUUGCCACCAAUUUGAAAGAUGAUUGUCAAUUUCAUGUUGGUUUUGGCACAUGCUCCAAUCAAAACUGCGAAAUUGGACAGCAUUUUCAUUUGCUAAAUGCGAGUAGAGCGUUGCAUCCUCCGGGAGAAGCCAUCAUUGUCUUCCGUUCGGACAAGGCCUUAUCUAACGACGAAGACGAAACAUACAAUGGCAGUUUGAGCAAUUACGACGAGUUGAACGUGUGGGCGCAGGAGAAAUGUGUGCCACUGGUGAGAGAAAUAACGUUCGAAAAUGCGGAGGAGUUAACGGAAGAGGGCCUGCCGUUCCUUAUAUUGUUUCAUGCUCCCGAUGACGUCGAAAGCGUCAAACUGUACAAAGAUAUCGUAACUAGAACAUUGAUAAGCGAAAAACAAAACGUCAAUUUCUUGACCGCCGAUGGAUUAAAGUUUGCACAUCCGUUGCACCAUUUGGGGAAAAGUCCAGCGGACUUGCCAUUGAUCGCGAUAGAUAGUUUUAGGCAUAUGUACAUGUUCAAGGAUUUCAAAGACAUUCAUGUAGAAGGAAAGCUCAAAGCUUUCUUGCAGGACCUGUAUUCCGGGAAACUUCAUCGUGAAUUUCACUACGGCCCUGACAUUACGAGUAACGAUGUGCCGCAGGCAGUCACGGGAAAGCAGGUGAAAACACCUACAACGCCGCCAGAGUCUACAUUCAAAAAACUUGCGCCAAGCAAAAAUAGGUAUACGUUACUUCGCGACGAAUUGUAACGAAAUGGGCGAUUGUGGCGCGUAUAAUGGAGAUUCUCGUAUAAUUAAUUGCUAUAUAGUUUACUAAUAAAUUAGAACUGAUGAAAUUGGUUGAUUUCAAUCGACAUUCGCGACAUAUGCGGACAUAUGUUUAUUUUCAUCAUCGUAUAAUUGCAAUGUGAUUGCAAUCUUCGCUGAAAAACCCGACGAAGAAGUUUCCGCGUUCUUUCCCUCUUUUCUCCUUUUCUUUACAUUAUCUACCAUCAUCUGAAUUUGAUAUCGCAACAUCGUAUGUAAGUUGUGCGCGCGCAUACAUGACUUUGCAACGUACUUUACAACACACAGCGCGAGAGAAUUGAGUGAAAUAAAAGAUCCCGAUAUUUGGUGUUACGAGUUGAUGAGUUCUUGCUUCUCCUUUUUUUUCUAAUUUCAAGUCUUGAGUCUGCGUCUAUAUUAUCACGCGGACGAUUUAUUCGUCUGAUUGUUAUUUGUGUUUUAUUUAUGUGGAGGAAUCAAAAGAAAGCAAAGAUCAGAUGAGACAGAUAACAGCGCACGACGUGCACGCGUAUACAAAGACCAGCGUCUUAACCUUCAUGUUGUAUCAUUGUAUUAUACACGUUCCGUAGAAAAUCUCUUGUCACUUUUAAUUGAGAAAACCGAUGCGACGCGACUUAGGAUUUUUCAAUUCUGAUGAAGCUACGGCAUACAUUGCCGCUUGAACGUUACACAAUAGUUUUAUAAUUUUAUUUCAAUGCGCGCUGAUCCAAGGUUCCUCUUUUUGUAAUAUCUGUUUUUUUUUGUUGGUUAUCCUCGCGGACAAACAUCUUUGCACAAUUGAUAGUGAAACAUUGUAUUUCUACCAGUGUCUGUAAUUACGCAUCGAGGUGUAUAUUAGAUCAUGUACAUUAUAUUACGCGGUUUGAACCGCCGAUCAGUUCCAACUUGGAUGUGACACACUUGUAUGUAAAAAUUUAGCAACAUCCCAGUAAACACCAAGUAUCACAACAUCGACGUUACAAUGUCCGACACAACAUAACAUCACAUGACAUCCUAACAUCGAUGUUACGAUACUUGGUGUUCGCUGGGAUUAUUUCUCCUAUUAGUUAGAUCAAAAGUGCGAUAUCUUUAACACAUACAAUUACAUUCGCCGAGAAUCCGUGAGAUUGUUGUGUUCGAUGAUGGUGUCUAAUACAUGUGUGCAUGUAUAUUAUUAAUUAUAUUGUUUGGAGUUAUUCUGGAUGUAUUAUGUGAGAGAGAGGGGGGAAAAGAGAAGAAGGGGGAAAGAGAAAGUGUGUAUGUAUGAGUGAGAGUGUGAGAGAGAAAGAGAGAUUUUAUCUAUCGUGUGAUUGUGAGACGUGUUGAUGAAAUAACGUGCUCUCGUAAGAUAUCCUUAGGAAGCAUUAUUUGUAUGAAAGAUAUUGUUUUGGCUGUUAAUAAAGCUGAUUUCUAAGUCAUAAAUUUCACAUUGAUUAUUGUCGGAAUGACGGCCGUAGUUGUGGUCGUGAAAGCAUUGAGACAAAUUCAACAUGGAAUAUAUGUACAGGACGUUGAAUCAACAUAUUAACGUCGGAUUGAUAAGGACACGCGUGAGAGAGCGCUCGUUCUUUCAUCCUUACUAACGGCAACCCGGCGUCGAUGUGUCGAUGCAACCACCUGCACAUAUAUUGAAUACAUACAAAUAUUUUAUUGGGUCGUACUGAGAUAACUCGUAAAGCUGAGAAAACUGAGAUAACUUGUAAAGCCUAGCAAAGCCUCGCGAUGAUGCAAACGAUGAUAUAUUAUCCAGAAAAGUCAUGGUAUAGUUUUGCGGAGUAACUUUAAUAACGCACAAUAGCACCAUUGUACAAGGUAAAUAAACAACAAACGUAUGUAUCUCUUUUGCCAAAUAUGCUCGCAUUAAGUCUAUCGUCGUAAAAAGUCGCGUUUAGGCCUGCUUAUCGUUUGAGAACACGUAGCGUUUUCGCCAUAACGCAAUAUAAUAACUAUAUUUAGAUAUUUACUCUAGAAAAAUAACGUCAUGGACAUUCCUUGUUGCGGGAAUUAGUCGUUACGCAAACGUCGUUAUCCCCCUUUUCUCAAGUAAAAAUAUAAAUAUUUCGUUUCACAGCGCAAUACAACUCCCCCGUGUUGACAUACCCACACUUAUUGUUUCUCCUGUUAUCUUUCUUCGCUCAAACCACCGCGACGUCAUUGACAAUACAACCUCCGUUAUAACUUCCGUCUGAGAGUUAUCAUUCGCCUUAUGCGCCUUCUCGCAGCGCGCGUUUCUCAAUAACGCUGAAUCGUCUCCAAUGGCAAAAACUGGAAAAAUAUGUGCAUUUAAAUUUCUCAUUUGCGUUACAAACGAUGCAUCGAGAAGAUGAACGACGUCGCCGUUGAGAAUACCUUUGAGAAUCUCCGACUUAACUUUCCCCGCUUCUGUACGUUCGCAUGUUCGAUCAAUUGUAUGAUCACAUAUAACAAUCACACGAGUGUUUUUACUCGAUUCUGUCGUUUGAUUGUAAAUUCCAACAAUCUGUUAUUAUUAACAAUCCCUUCCUCCUGCCUCGUCACGGCACGAUUUUUUAGGAAAACAACAACCCCUUCUAAUCUAGCAGAAGCUUUUCCCAUUGGAGAUGCGAUAUCUCGAUUAUACGAAAGCCAAGGCCAUCGGCCGCGGAGCAUGCAUCUGUCGCGUGUUAACGCGGACCCAGAAAGAGAGAGAUGUUUUCUCCUUAUCCGCUGCUAUCUUUUCAAUGGUUGAAUUUUGUUUAACGGAGCAUCCCUUACAAGUUGGGAAUGUCUUUUGCUCUAUAAGUGUUCAACGUCGUAGCGUGUAUAAACGUCGCGUGAAACUGAAAUUAUUAUAUACGUAUAUGAUAAAUAAUUGCUAAACACGGUUUCUACUUUAUUCACGAAAUGUUUAUUACAUGCGAAAGAAACGUCCGAAAAGUUUUCAAGUGUGGUCCCGGUCUACAGGUGAAUAAUAUAGUCACACGUCAUCUCUUUCUACGUCUGUCAACACACAUGCUCCCCGCCCGGUACGAUUCCCAUAUUCGACGUUCCCUCACUGCCGACUACACUGAAUAUAGAAAUAUUCACGUACUCAAGUCGAAAAAACGCGAACUCUCCGUUUAACAUAGUUAAUGAAAGACAUAUCCUUAUUACACACAUGAUAUAGUUAGUUUGCGAACAUUGUCCUGCCUCGGUCAUAGUAUUUUGUAAUACGCGCUCCUCUCUUUCGCGCUCCUAUAUCCGCAAUUCUAUUCCAUUUUAUUUCACGUGACACAUGACAAGCGAAUUGAAAUUGUGCUACGCGGUUAGAAAAGAUGGAUACUGAGGAAAGAAAAGAAAAGAGCAGGGGAAAAAUGGAGAGAGAGAGAGAGAGAGAGAGGGAGAGAGAGGAAAGAGGAAGAGAGGGAUGAAGAACGAAAGAAUGUCAAUCGUAAAAGAGGGGUGCGUUUUUCGAAUGUUGUUGAUGUAACACAACCGUCCGUUAGUGCAACGUCUGCUCGAGAAUAAUUUCGCGUAAGCGCUCUUAAAUAAGAAAAAAAGAAAACUGACAAGACAUCAGUCGAAUGGCAAGCGAAACGAAUAAGAACAAUACGCUUGCUCACAAGCGAUGAAUCGAUUCAGUCGACACAUUUGGCGUAUCUUGGCCGACCCUAGUCGAGAGCUCCGCAAACUUGCUCGAUUGCUUUAUCAUAAUUACAUCAUUGUCAUCAUCAUUAUCAUACUGUGAGAUUUGCGAGUUUCAUCUCGGAGAAAUUGAAACAUCACGCAAAUUGUUUCGGAAUUAUAGGUGAAAACUUGACUGGAUGAUUCAGAAAAAUUGACGAAAGACGAAAAAGGUCCGAAUAAAUAUAUUCAGCUUUUUAUUUUCCCGUAAGCUGCGCGAUUGUUACAUACCAUGAGGAACGAUUGAUAUUUAUGCCUUUGAGAAGAUUCAUUUCAGCAACUUACAGGCGACCUACGAUUUCGUUCUUUCGACAGAGUUAUACACAUGAAAUGCACGUAGAAACGGUGUAACUUGGCUGACGCGAUGUAAAAUUAAUUAUUUUGAAAACUGUUCGCGGACUUGUGUUUGUCAAGAUUGUUUGCUUUUCAACCUGUAAUUCCGACACUUGAAAAAAUUUGUUUCCAUCUGAUUACAGAUCGACAUCAGUGGGAAGAACAACGUGAAGGAAUUAUUCACACGAGCUGAAGUAAAAGCAAUAAGUUUUCCUUUAGACACUGACGCGAGUCUACAAUUAGCUGUCACACACAUGUAUGUAUGUAUAUAUACAUAUACUCUCUAAUCUCUUUAUAGUCGCUGUAGAGACGGUGCACUCUUGCUACAACUCGAACAAAUUGCUUUUGUUAUCGACGUUAAUGCAGAGAGAGAGAGAGAGAGAGAGAGAGAUAAAAAU